AUGUUAGAGGACAUUGACUCUCUUUACUCAUUGAUCGAUCACUUCGGAUUUGAUGAAAAUCUUACAUUCCAGCAGCGGUAUCUAAUAGCAGAUCAACACUGGAAGAAAGACAAUGGACCAAUACUAUUUUAUACCGGCAAUGAAGGAGACAUCACCUGGUUCUGCAAUAACACAGGUUUUAUGUGGGAUGUGGCUGAAGAACUUAAUGCCAUGUUAGUAUUUGCUGAACAUAGAUAUUAUGGAGAAUCUUUGCCCUUUGGAAAUGAGUCUUUUAGUGAUUCUGAGCAUCUGAAUUACCUGACAUCAGAACAAGCUCUGGCAGACUUUGCGGUACUGAUUGAGUACUUAAAGGAGAACAUUGUAGGAGCCCGUUAUAGUCCUGUCAUCGCUAUUGGGGGCUCUUAUGGAGGAAUGCUUGCGGCCUGGUUUAGGAUGAAGUACCCCCACGUGGUAGUUGGAGCUCUGGCAGCCUCUGCCCCAAUCUGGCAGUUUGGUAAUUUGGUUCCUUGUGGCACUUACUUCAGUAUAGUGACUAAUGAUUUCAAAAAGAGUGGGAAGGGCUGCUCAGAAAGCAUCCGAAAUUCCUGGAAUGCCAUUAACCAUCUUUCCUCAACAGAUGCAGGUUUACAGUGGCUUUCCAGCACAUUUCACUUGUGCAGCCCAUUAAAAAAUCUUCAGGAUGCUGCUAUCUUGAAAAGCUGGCUGAGUGAAACAUGGGUAAACUUGGCUAUGGUGAACUAUCCCUACAAAGCUGAUUUUUUACAGCCUUUGCCUGCUUGGCCUAUACAGGUAGUCUGCAAGUUCAUGACGGAUCCCAGUCUUCCGGACAAACCGUUGCUACAGAAUGUCUUCCAGGCAGUAAAUGUCUACUACAACUACUCAGGAGAAGCCUCAUGCUUUGACUUGUCUCAGACUGCAACAAAGAACCUGGGCCAGAUGGGUUGGUACUAUCAGGCUUGCACUGAGAUGGUGAUGCCCAUGUGCACAGAUGGUGUCAAUGACAUGUUUGAGCCUCAGAAGUGGGACUUUGAUGCACUUUCAGAGGAGUGUUUCAGACUGUGGGGAGUGAGGCCUCGCCCCUCUUGGAUUCUUUCUAUGUAUGGAGGGAAAAACAUCAGUUCACACAGCAACAUCAUCUUCAGCAACGGUGGCCUGGAUCCGUGGUCUGCAGGGGGAGUGACCCAGAACAUCACUGAUUCCCUCAUAGCAAUUGUGAUCCCAGAUGGAGCUCAUCACCUGGACCUACGCAGCCGCAACCCUUGUGACCCCAAAUCUGUGCAGCAAGCUCGGGCCUUGGAAAUUCAUUACAUGAAGCAGUGGAUUGAAAAGGCCAGGCAUAACCACUGAAGUGGUACUGAAACCACUAUGGCCAUUAUACCUCCAUUGGCUUUGCUGGGAGAAGGGCUAGGCCUUAUCACACUGUUGUCUGAAUGUUUCACUCUUGCUCCCUCACCUCCUUUACAGCGCUAGCCACCGAUGCUUAUGCCCAGAAGAGGAGAGGGUGAUAGAUGGAGAGCAUUCUCCAGUAACCAGCUUUGGUUAAUAAAGCGCAUGGAUUGAGCUGCCUGCUCUGCCUUGCUUUCCUGUUCUGCUAUUCUCAAAUGCUGCACCUUAUGGUAGAGUUCCUGUUCUAGACGUUAAUGCCUUCCUGGCUGCGUUAGAUUAUUGUCUUGGGUGCUGGUAGAGUGUAUACAUGGAUUAAAUAGCGGUCCUGUUAAUUGUGAUGGCUCCUGCUGCCUUCAGUGGGAUUGAAUUUCUGACAUCCUCAGCUGGAAUACCCUGUCAUGGCAGGGGUAUGGAGCGAAUGAGGGAACAAAAAUCACAUCUCUGAUGUUUGCUGGAGAGGUAAGGAAGGGAAGGGGGAAUUGGCUGUGCAGUUUAUAUAAACAAAAACAACUCCUCCUCCCCACCUAAACAGCCCCUACCCUUAGGAAUCAAUGCUGGAAAACAAGUAAAUAUCUUUUCCCUUAGUUUUCUGGCAGCUUAUUAAUCAAAGCUGCCUUAAGUGGUUUUUACAUUCUACUCUGUACUGAAUGAUGAGGGCUGGUCCCUAACUCUCUGCUGAUAGCUUGCUGAGCAUGCAUAAUUUAUACCAGGGUUUUAUUUCUUCUGUUGUUGUUUGUCCUAACCCUAGAGUAUCUGGCACUGUGAUAACAGUAGCCAAAAAAAAAAACAACCCUCUGGCUAUAUUUCAUGUGUGUGUGUCCUGCACAAACACUUACUUUUUCAAAUCAGGAAGCUUUCUCAGCUAUUUUCUUGAUGAGCAAAUGUGACACUUGUGUUGGCUAGAGCUUAUGAAGAGACAAAUAAUAGGAGCUGUGCCUUGUGUGGGGUCCCCCCCCAUUCUGUGUAUUGUUGCAAUUCUGCAUGAUCUGUUUGCUGAUAGCUCUUUAAUAAAAGCCUUUAAAAAAAAUGUUUACAGGACAAACUAUUCAAAACACAGAAUGCAGCUAUCCUCUUGGAUCAGCCUAAAGCAUGAUGCUGAGCUCAACAAGCCAGGUGCACUAAGGCUUUCUGUAAAGCUUCCAAAACUGACAAACUGCCGUGAUUCAUGAGACGGCAUAUUUGAUGUUAAUAAAUGGCUGGGGCAGUCCCCUCGUUUUGCAGCUUUGGCUUCAUUCACACUGAAACCUUUCUUCAGAAAGGAUUCUUUGCAGUUUUAAGGACAAUUCCAUUUCAGAAAGAUGUGGGCAAGGCUUGCUGGGCUGAGGCUCUUAAAACUCCAGUUCUAUUGAAAAGUUUCUCAGCUUUGAUGAUAUGCCUGAUAGUUGAGUAUUUUCCUAAGACACCAGGUGGCCUUUGUUUUCAGUGUCCUCCCAUUCUCUGAGAACAAGAUAUACGUAACACUGAAAUUUUAUCUUUUAAUAAACUCCUGUGAAUCCUCUCUUCUUUCCGAUAGUUACUGGCAUCUUCCUGUCUUGCUCUAAUGUUGUAGAAACAGUUGUGUUAAACAAGGCAUUUAUAUGCAGAUUCAGCACUGUGAACCUCUCCUGCUCUGUCUUGAGCAAGGUUAUUACUUCAGAGAAUAUAGAGAGCAAGACCAGAAAGAAUCAUAGGGGAAAAAUAAAGAACUAGUUAGAACUUGCCUAAAACCUUUUGAUUGAAUGUUGUUGUCAGUCCUUUUCCAUUAGGUCUGUUUCUUCUGGUACUGUGAUGUAAAUAUACUCUAAUUUCUUGCUCAUGUACUUUAUAAUGACAUAAGGGCCCCCCCCUUUUUUUUUUUUUUAAAUCAAAAAAAAGAAUGUCUUCUAAUCGCCUGAGUUACAAGUCAAUUUAAAAAAAAAAACCGUUGUAUCUUCUUAAGCAUUAAUUACUUUAUAGUAAUGUCCUAUUUUACUGAAAGGUAAGCAAUGGAAUUUGCAAGUGUAAACAUAAAUCACUGGGAUCACAAAUGGAUUGCAACCGAACAAGCAAGAGCCUGGUCCAGCUCUCACUAAACGCAUAGUGUUCUGAGUGCAAGUUCUUGGAAUAAAUACUGUAAUGCUAUAUGGAGAUGGAUAUGGAGAAAUUCAUGCAGUGGGCUGGUAUAACGUAAUCGCCUUAUGUCCCCUCCUCCUAUCUCCUUACUAGUUAACUUUCUCUCUCAGGAAACAACUUGUUUGUUGUUUGGAAAACGCUGUUAGUUUCAAGGAAAGUAAUUUAAACUUGCAUUCCUUUUUUCUUUCCCCUUUAUUUUUUCCUCUCCUUUUAU